AUGGCUCCCAUCAGAGUAGGCAUCAUCGGACUCUCCGCAAAGGAGGCAGUCAUGGGCCCAGGCGCCUGGGCCUCCAUCGCCAUCCUCCCCUCCUUCAAGAACUCGCCACACUACGAGAUCGUCGCCCUCUGCAACUCGUCCGCGGAAGCAGCCCGCCGCUCCAUCGAGAUGCACAAGCUCCCGAGCACGACCAAGGCCUACGGCGACGUCGAGCAGCUGGCCAGCGACCCGGACGUUGACCUCGUCGUCGUCAGCGUCGUUGUGACCAAGCACCUCGCAGUCACGCUCCCCGCGCUCGCCAACAAGAAGCAAGUCUUUGUCGAGUGGCCUCUCGGCGCCUCGGCGCAGGAGGCGGAACAGCUUGCGCAGCUGGCCAAGUUGGGCGGGCUCAAGACCAUUGUCGGUCUCCAGGGUCGCUCCGACGCCCUCACUCUCAAGUUGAGGGAGAUUGUUCAGAGUGGGGAGAUUGGUGAUAUCAAGAACGUUUCUGUUGUCGGCACCCUCCCGUACUUCCCUGAGGGCUUCUGGGUUGAGGGUGCGGAGUACUACCUCGAUAUCAAGACCGGAGGUAACGCAUUCCACAUCGGCUUUGGGCAUUUCUUGGACUCAUUCACAAACGUCGUUGGCGACUUCGAUCUCAGCAGCCUGUCUUCAGUCCUUAAGAGCGACGUUGACACCGUACCCCUAUACAAAGCCGACAGAAGCAGCGUGGUUGAUCCAGCGUACCCGAAGUCCUCCCCCGAUCACAUCUUGGUCCAAGGCGUGCUGCAAAACGGGGCACUGGCCUCGAUUGCCUGCCGAACCACCCCGGUCACGGCCGGUGAGGUUGGUGCUCGCUGGAUCAUCAGCGGCACCAAGGGCGAAAUCGAGGCCGUCUGGGAUGGAGGCCAGUGGCAGAUUCACAGCCCCAGCAAGCAGCUCAAGUACAAAUUGGUCGGAGGGGAAGAAAAAAAUGUCACUCUCGAGACCGGCAAGCUUCCUGAAGGAGUUGAGGUUUCGGCCGCGGGACUGAACACAGUCCUCAUCUUUGAUGCCUUCGCCAAUGGUGAUGCUUCGCGGUAUGCGGACUUUGAGACGGCCCUGAAGAAUCAUGUGCUUUUGGAAACGAUUUUGAAGAAGUCGGGGUACAAAUAUUGA